AUGAUUAAUAUUCGGAUGAUGGCGUUCGAUCCUGGAGUCACCGUGGCCCUUUCCUUAUGGUGGCGGGACUGAUGGCGGCGGUGCCAGGAUGGAGUGUGUGUGGUGUGUGUGUGUUGUUUGUGUGUGUGUGUGCGUGUGCGUGUGCGUGUGUGUGUGUGUGUGACAUCUCCGUCAUGAAGGAAAGAUUCUCAUCGUGUGUGAAUAUUGACAUCAAACAAAUACAUGUGGCCGCACCAGUUGGACAGUCUGACUAUGUAUCUACAACGGCUGAGUCAACCCCCCAUCAAUCACCCGCCCUUUCGCCUUUAUCAGUUCUUCCCUUUCAUCGGCAGUGAGGUCUCUCGCCUGGCCGCAGGUCGAUUUGCUUGGGUCGUUUUCCCGCCCUUCAUGCUCCCUGGUGGAGGGCUGCUGAAAAUCGGUUCGGUUGGGUUCGGUUUGCCCCGGCCACCUGGUGGAGGACAGCUCGAAAUGGUGAUCUAGGCUAGGGCUAGGGUAGGGUCUCUUAGGUUCUCGGGAGCUGCGCACCCAGGCGGAGACGAUCCAUCGUCUCGGCCGUGGGAAUUUACAAAGAUUCAAGAUUCACCAAUUUACAAUCCGUUGCACGGCCGCCCCCGAACCAACCAGAGCGAGGCUUAGGUACCAACGCGCUCCAUCCAAUCCAUCUAUUCCAUCCACGUGUGUGCGUGUGUGUGUUCGCGUGCUGCAGGCGAGUUCAUUCUGCAACGGAAGAUGGCGUCGGCUAAUCGGAUGUUGACGGUGGGUUUGUUGGGUGUGUUGGUGAUCUGGGUGCUGACCCUUCCGCUCACCGACGGCGAGAAUCUCUACGCGGAGGACGAAAGUGAAUGAGGGGAUGGAUGGAUCUGUAGAUCUGUGGAGGACGACGUGUCAGGGGAACCAAUCAUCCCGCCAGAUGAGAGAUCUCCAUGUGUUGGCCGGUGUGCAAUGCUGCAGAGGCCUGCAUUGGAGCUGACUGCGCCAUCAACCAGGAAUUUCAACUCGAAACCGCAGCCACUACCGUCGCAGCGUAGGCAGAAGUGGGAGCCGCGCAGCUGGAUGUCGGAUGCUCUUCUGUAAUGCGUUUGCCAUCCAUCAUGAAGGGUGUGCUAUCUGUAUGGCGGCGAUAGUACGAAGGCCUGGCUGUCGAAAGACGAAAACAACGGCGGCGAGCUCGUAGUACGCACUCCUACACUCACUCACACACGCACGCACGCACACACCUUUGCCGUAUGACUGUCUUUAUGCAUAUCCACUUGUGUGCACCAAGGACGUCUUCUGCCCUGACACAGAGCCGAAGACGGGCUCAAAGGUGUGCAUUUUCGAUGCCGUGAUGGCGUAUGCUUCGUCCAACGACAGCACCUCCAAGAAAAUGCGUCCAAUCAUCGUAGGAGAUGGAGAGGACGAAGGAUCCACGGAGAUACGCUCACUUUCACACACACAGCAGUUGAUCAUUUGUGCCAAAUGUUUGCGUACAUAUCUCUCUCUCUCUCUCUCUCUCUGUGUGUGUGUGUGUGUGUAUGUGUGUGUGUGUGUGUGUGUGUGUGUAUGUUCCCAUGCAGACCAAGACGACCGUCAAGAGGCUGGUCACCGCCAAAGAGCUAUCGGUUAAGAACGCCUGGCCUGCCGAAUGCCUCAAAAUGUAGAGAGGCGAAACGACAGCAACUUUCCCACGCACGGUGAGCGCACGAGGGUACGCACAUGGAGUGAAUGCCGCCACACGCCAGUGCAAUAAGUGUGUGCAUGCCAUUGGCGUGGUGCGAUGCGGUGUGGCGUGAUGUGUCUGGUGUGAUGUGUGUGCAGGUUCGUAGCCCUCUUCUAUCUCUUAUAUCUCUGAUGAGCUGUCUGUGUUGGGCUCUCGUGGCGGCCGGCCAGAACCAACGAACCACUUCCUUUUUUUCUCCUUUUCCACACACGCACACAUUAUUAUUUUCAUGCAUCCCCACAGAAUGUAAUGUACAGCGAGGUUUUCGUUUCUGCUUGCGUAAGUUUUAACACACACUAGGUGGAGUUGGCCGGCUGUCCGUAUGGUAUGCAUGUGGUCGACUGUCGGG